AUGAAAUUGCAGAACAAGUUUUACGGCAUUUCUUCGGUUGAGCUUCGCCGCUUAGUGUUCGAGUAUGCUGAGAAAAAUUGCAUUCCACACCAAUUUAACAAAUCAGCUAAAUUAGCAGGGCAAGAUUGGUUUAAUGGAUUUUUGAAGCGGAACUUAAGAAUCAGCAUUCGCAAACCAGAAGCAACAAGCAUGAGUCGAAUAACUGCGUUCAAUAAAGAAGUGGAUCUUUUUUUCUACAACCACAACUGUGAAAUGGACAAAUACGAGUUUACGGCCUCGAGGAUAUAUAAUUUUGAUGAGACGGGGAUCUCCACGGUCCAAAAACCAGGAAAGAUUUUAGGCCCGAAAGGAAUUAAGCAAGUGGGUGCUGCUACAAGCUGGGAACGGGGGAAAAAUAUCACUGUGAGCUGUAUAAUGAGUGCUGCUGGUGAAUAUAUUCCACCAAUGUUCAUCUUCCCUCGCCAAAGAAUGAGCCAUAAUUUGGCAAAACGUGGACCACCAAACGCAAUUUACCAUUGCAGUCAUAACGGGUGGAUAACUGAAGAGUUAUUUGUCACCUGGUUGCACCAUUUUAUUUUCCAUGCUAAGCCAACUAAAGAGCAGCCUGUUCUUCUCGUAAUGGAUAACCACAAAACCCACACUACCUUAACAGCGUACAAUGUUUGCAAGGAGUAUGGAAUAAUUGUGGUGACACUACAGCCACACUCGUCACAUCACCUUCAGCCAUUAGAUAUUACUUUAUUUAGCAUCUCUUUGUCCCACGCCUCAGUCUAA